AUGUCCUUAUUUGUUCCAGAGGAGGAGGAAGUAUCUCAAAACUCCAAUGAAGAUGGACCAAGAAUCGUGAAGCCUGAAGAUCCAAUUGUUGAAGAGAUACCGUUAUACUUGAAUCAUAUGACCGAUUCUGAGCAUGAUAUUUGCUUAUUUCAAUAUAUAUCUCAGCUUAGUAGUAAACCAUUGACCAAUAACAAAGGUAUCCAGAUACCUGCCUGCCGAGUGAAACCAGAGUCACAGAUGGUGGAGAUCGAUGUUCCCUUGGAUACCGCGAGAUUUUUUGAUAAGCAAAAGUCUGAUGAAUGGAGCACCAUGACCUCAGAGACUUAUGGCGGUAAUCUUCUUGACUCAAGGGGGACUUAUAUUAUGGGUAUUCAAUCCAAUCCAAUCACUGGCAAACGAGAAAUUGUUCUUACACCAAUAAAUAAGACUGCGCAAAUACGGCCGGUGUUCCAUCAUAUUGAUACGCACAAUGAAGUAUCUAAAGAUGGUGAAGUGAUCGGCACUACUGUCCAAGAGGCACCAAAAAAGGCCCCAGCCAAGAAUAAUGUCCAAGUUGUGCAAAUGACUGCGAAGAACAUUGGUUCAGAGAACGAAAUCAGAUACAGUGAAGCUAUUCAAUCUUUCAAGAAGUUUCAAAGUGAAGAUUUUGUGGAAUCAACUUGGUUUGAUGAAAGUGAUGAAAAUAGUACUAAAUUGAAAGAAAAACUAUACGGUGAUGAAGAAUUGAAGUCGAAGGUAUUGGAAGUUACUGAAUCUGAGAAGGAUUAUAUAAAUAAGCUAUUGAAUGAUAAAUUGGUAUUGAGAUGA